UCAGAAGGCGUGGCAGCAAACAUAAUGUCUACCUCUGAUGACAAAGUGUCUGAUGUUCCUUCUCGGAAAAGAAUUCAAGAAGAGAGGUUAGAGACCGGAAAAAGAAUAGCUUUAGAAAAAACUAAUGAUCAACAAACAGCAACUGAUGAUGAUACUGAAGAUGAGGGGAACGAAAGUUACCACGAUGAAGAGGAGAACAGAGUGUUUCAGACAUUUAUGGAUAAAGCCAAUCUAAUACAGUACACAGAUGAAUUUGGAGUUCUCCAAGGUCUAAUGAAGUAUAUAAACGAAAAUAUUCAAAUCUGGAAGACACGAAAAUUGAAAAUUGCCAUCAUCGGAAAUUCUGGAACCGGCAAAUCGAGUUUUAUUAAUGCAAUCAGAGGACUCAAGCCUGAUGACGAGGGUGCUGCAAAAGUUGGUGUUACAGAAACCACAAUGAAUAAGCAAGAAUACAUUCUUCCGAAAAACAACAAUAUCAGUCUUUGGGAUUUACCUGGGGUAGGGACACAAAAAUUUAAGAAAGAGGAUUAUCUAGAUGCCGUUGAUUUAAAGGAGUUUGAUGCCUUUAUGAUAGUGUCUGCCACAAGAUUUUCAGAAAAUGACGUAUGGCUUGCCAAUGAGAUCCUUAAACAUGAUAGCAACAUAUUCUUUCUUCGGACAAAAAUUGAUCAAGAUCUAAACAAUGAGAAAAGUGAUCAUCCAAAGGAAUACAACAAGGAUGAUUGCUUACGAAAAAUAAGAAUGGACAUUGUUAACAACCUUAAAAAAUCUAAAUUUUCCCGAAAAAGAACUGGGGUUUAUUUAGUCAGCUCAAGAGAAUCUUCCAACUUUGAUUUCCCAAAGCUACUGUGUAGACUGAACAAAAUUGUGAGUAAAAAAAGAUUUGCCCUACGCAGAGUGUUAGAAAAUCAUUUAAAAGGCAUUUUGCAGCAGAAACAAAAAGUGAAAAAGGGUCAUUUUUUCUGGAAAAAAGUAAAUUUGUUUUUUGACAAAAACUCUUUGUAUUCCUGUACACGUUACAUGCACAAGAACUGCAAAACUGCAUUUUCCCUUGACGACAAUAUUAUUCUACAGGUCUCUGAACAGAUAGGCUUGUCGGUUCAGGUACUAAAGACCAAAGAAUUGAAAUAUUUCAAUUAUUUGGAAAAAGAAAAAUACAAUAACAUGCACUUAUUAAAUUCGUUUUUAGGUAGCCUUCGCGUUUUCAAGAGUCGGUUAAAUGCCGUGUGUGAUGUGUUGGCUGAAGAUGAAGAGAAGCUAGUACGUCUACUACUGAACCAUUUAGAGGAGCAGUUGCGGCCAUUUUAGAGGCACAAUUUAUUGUUUAAAAAUCCUGUCCUCAAGAAUAUUCAGUGCGCUAUGUAUUGACGAUUAGCAAUUAUUGUGAAAUAUGUGUACAUCAUGUGGAUCAACUUUUAAUGUCAGCGGGAAAAAACCUUUAUUUUCAUUUAUUUCAUUUUUCAAAAGCAUAUUAAAACAAUCAUUGACAUGAACAUUUAUAAACGUAGCUGUUUCAAUAAAAUCCACAUUCAUUUAUUCCAAACCCAAAAGGAUAACAUCAUAAACUAAAAACAACUAACAAAUAAAACAAACAAACAAACAUUUUUCCACUUGAAUGAGAAAAGUAUAUAUACAAUAAUAGUUUAUUCAGCAUUUAACAUUUUACAAUGUUUUUAGCAUACAAAAAGAUCAUAGUUUACAGAAGAGUACAUAAUUGAUUAUAUUUACUUUUGAUACAAGAAAAAGGAUUGAUCAUUUAAAUAUGAAUUGAAUCAGCUACACAAGGUUUCUCUUUAUACAUCCCGCGCAUAAAAUGAUAUUCUCGUGCGCUUGUAUGUUAAACGUUAUAAAUACAUAAAAUAGAUCUUCUAUCUAGUAGUAAACCAACAAAAUACGAAAAAUCGCGAGUAAAACUAAUUAUAGAUUGAACAUGCUGUAUGAACUGUUAUUUACGCAUCGCAAUGGGAGUCCGUUACCCCGUCUCUAUAAAAUUUAUAUCAAUUUUCGGGAUUUUGGGACUGACGAAAACAUCACCGCUUAUAUCAUUUGAGCUGGUUUCCCCAAAAAGUAUUUUAAAAUUAUCACGUAGGUCAUUAAAAUUAAGAGAUUCUCGGUUGUCUGUGACAAUUUUUAUUUUUUGUUCAGGGUUUUCCAGAAAUUUCUAGGAUUUUUUUUUUAGUAGAUCUUCUAGUAUUUUGCCCUUGUUUAUUUUGAAUUUCCUUUUCGCGAAUUUUGUAACUUUAUGAUAUUUUGUUUGCGCGUGCACAAAAUAUGAUAAACAAGAUCAACAAGGAAAGGCGGCGUUCAAUGAACGCACCCCCAUACGACCCAGCAACAAGAACCAGUGGCAAGGAGCCCAGGCGGACCCCAAACAAAAACAGGACAGGGCACAAGACAGAGUUCCGUCUGAUAUCAUCAUUAUCUCUGUUGGCAAGAAAUUAUUUUGGACGCUAUUUAACUGCUUUUUUUGCGAAGUCAAACCAUUUAUUAUUAUUUUAGUGUGCAUUAAUUUUUUCUACGUUUGUUUUUAGAAGCAGAUUUUAAAAGUCCCGAUGAGAAUUUUUCAACAACAACAUCUAUUGGUUCUAUACUUAAAGCGUUUGAUUAUUGUAAAAACGUAAUUUUUUUAUCAUUUUUUGUACAAAGACUUCUUGUUAUCCAAAACAAUUCUUUUUGUAGCUGUUUGACUAACGGAAGGUAAUUAUGCCCCCACUUUGAAGAAGAGGGGGUAUAUUGCUUUGCACUUGUCGGUCCGUCGGUCCGUAGACCAAAUGGUUUCCGAGUGAUAACUAAAGAACCCUUAGGCCUAGGAACUUCAAACUUGGUAUGGUGAUUGGUCAUGACCAGUAGAUGACCCCUAUUGAUUUUGGGGUCAAGGGUUUAAAGGUCAAGGUCACAUUGACCUUGUAGGUGAAAACAGUUUCCGAUCAAUAAAUAAAGAACGCUUAGGCCUAGGUACUUCAAACUUGGUAUCAUGAUUAGUCAUGAAUAGCAGAUGACCCCUAUUGAUUUUGGAGUCAAGGGGUCAAAGGUCAAGGUCACAUUGACCUUGUAUGUUAAAACAGUUUCCGAUCAAUAACUAAAGAACGCUUAGGCGUAGGUACUUCAAACUCGGUAUGGUGAUUGGUCAUGACCAGCAAAUGACCCCUAUUGAUUUUGGGGUCAAAGGUCAAGGUCACAUUGACCUUGUAGGUGAAAACAGUUUCCGAUCAAUAAAUAAAGAACGCUUAGGCCUAGGUACUUCAAACUUGGUUAUCAUGAUUAGUCCUGACAAGCAGAUGACCCCAAUUGAUCUUGGGGUCAAGGGGUCAAAGGUCAAGGUCACAUUGACCUUGUAGGUAAAAACGGUUUCCGAUCAAUAACUAAAAAACGCUUAGGCCUAGGAACUUCAAACUUGGUAUGAUGAUUGGUCAUGACCAGCAGAUGACCCUUUUUGAUUAAGGGGUCAAGAAGUCAAAGGUCAAGGUCACAUUGAUUUUGUAGGUAAAAACGGUUUCCUAUCAAUAACUAAAGAAUCCAUACGCCUAGAGACUUCAAACUUGGUAAGAUGAUUGGUCAUGACGAGCAGAUAACCUCUAUUGAUAUUGGGGUCAAGGGGGAAGGUCAAGGUCACUUUGACCUUGUAGGUAAAAACGGUUUCUGAUCAAUAACUAAAGAACGCUUAGGCCUAGGAAUUUCAAACUUGGUAUGAUGAUUGGUUAUGACCAGCAGAUGACCCCUAUUGAUUUUGGGGUCAAGGGGUCAAAGGUCAAGGUCACAUUGACCUUGUAGGUAAAAACUGUUUCCGAUCAAUAACUAAAGAACGCUUAGGCCUAGGAACUUCACACUUGGUAUGAUGAUUGGUCAUGACCAGUAGAUGACCCCUAUUGAUUUUGGGGUCAAGGGGUCAAUGUCAUAGUGACCUUGUACUUAAUGACCGUUUCUGACCAAAAACUCAACAACUCAAGUUGCCUUGGUUGAUAUUUUUAUGUGCUGUUGGUAUACACAUUUGAAGGUCUUAUGUUAUAUAACAACUUGGCUGUCAUUAAUGAGGCCUAUGUGAUUCAUAAAAUUUAUGCAUAUAUUAUUUGGUAAGAUUUUUAAUAACUUUAAUUGCUGCACACAACCUAUGGGGUCACAAUAAUUAUAACCUUGUGACUAGUCAUUACCAGUAGAUACGAGAUAACACUUAUUAAUUGCUUGUUCACUGGGCAUUAUAACCUGAUCAUAUGACAAAUUGGCUGCCGAUCGGGGGCAUACAUGUUUUACAAACAUAUCUUGUUUUUGUUUAAAUUAUUUCUAGGUAACUUAAAUGCUAAAGCCGCGUGGUCCGAAAAUGAGUUGAAAUCGAGAAUUUCGAAACUCAAUAAUGAUUCGAAAUAUUGACGGUUUAAUAGUAAGUAAAAAAAUCUGGAAACAAACAAGUAGUCUACAAUACUUUGCCUUUGAUGUGAACAGUAAGUGUAAUCACCUGUAUCGCGGUUGUGUGAAACUCUACCGUUUGCUAUCGACAAACUGGCUGAUAUACACAUAUCCAGCAGGCGACGCCCGUGCGUAUCAAUCACGUGAUGUCUGAUAACUCGUUCUGGUAUGUUUAUUCGGUUAAAAAAGGGUAGUUUUCGUCUUAUAGGCAAAUCAUCGGUGCGACUAUGAAAUUCGCCAGUUACGUUUAUUUUGCCUACUUCGUUAUAUUUCAAUAUAUCAAUUUCUAAAUUUUCAAAAAAAUCAAAUUCCUCCCGUUAGCACGGGGGAGGAAGUGUUACACGAAGGAUGGAGUUCUUAUGAUAACUUGUUUGGAGUUCUUAUGAUAACUGUCA